AUUGCACUUGCCAGCUUCUAUGAGGACGGGGGUGAUGAGGACAUCCUGACUCUGCCCCAGCCAACACCCAGCUCUGUCUCCAGAGGCACUGCAGCCAGUGACCACAGAGUAACAUCCUUCAGAGACCUCGUUCAUGCACAGGAGGAAGAUGAUGAAGAGGAGGAGGGACAACGGUUCUAUGCUGGUGGCUCGGAGAGGAGUGGGCAGCAGAUCGUGGGUCCUCCAAGGAAGAAGAGUCCCAACGAGCUGGUGGAGGAUCUGUUCAAAGGAGCCAAGGAGCACGGCGCGGUGGCCGUGGACCGGGUGGCCAAGAGCGGAGGGGAGACGAGCAAGCCUAAACCCUUCGCAGGGGGAGGGUAUCGCCUCGGGGCUACUCCGGAGGAGGAGUCUGCUUAUGUGGCUGGAGAGAGGAGACAGAACUCAGCCCAGGAUGUCCAUGUUGUGCUGAAGCUCUGGAAGAGUGGAUUCAGUCUGGACAGUGGAGAACUGAGGAGCUACCAGGACCCAUCCAAUGCCCAGUUCCUUGAGGAUAUCCGCAGGGGAGAGGUCCCAGCAGAGCUGCGCAGGUUGGCGCGGGGCGGGCAGGUGAACCUGGAUAUGGAGGAUCACCGGGAUGAGGAGUAUGUGAAACCUAAAAGUGUCUUCAAAGCUUUUACUGGAGAAGGACAGAAGCUGGGCAGCACUGCCCCCCAGGUGAUGGGCACCAGCUCUCCAGCCCAGCAGGCAGAGAAUGAAGCCAAGGCCAGUUCUGCCAUCGCUAUCGAUGAGUCAGAGCCUGUCACCAACAUCCAGAUCCGGCUGGCCGACGGGGGAAGGCUGGUCCAGAAGUUCAACCACAACCACAGGAUCCGCGACAUCCGACUCUUCAUAGUAGAUGCCCGGCCAGUGAUGGCUGCCACCAGCUUCGUCCUCAUGACCACCUUCCCCAAUAAAGAGCUGACUGAUGAGAACCAGACCCUGAAAGAAGCCAACCUGCUCAACGCAGUCAUCGUGCAGCGGUUGACAUGAAGGACCCAGCUCUGGCCACGUGCCGGGCAGC